UUCCUACUGCGGCUGGGCACCGGCUCUGCUCCCGCGUCGGCCCGCGCUCCAGCUGCGCCCGGCCCGGCCCCGGCCCGGCUCCGCCCGGCCCCGGCCUCCAAGCGAAGGCGCCGCUGCCGCUGAGCCGCUCCCAGGGCCAUGAGGAGGCGGCGGCAGCCACUGCGGCCCGAGUCAAGGUGACCGGCCGGGACUGCGGCGGCGGCGGUGAGAGGAGCGGCCGGCGGGGCGGGGCGGGGCCCUGAGGGCCGGGCCCGAGGGAGCUGCAGGACUUCUCCAGGCAGGUUAUGUCACCGGCAGAGGCUGCCCUGAAGCUCCCUGCGGCCUGGAGACUAUGUACAAGAGGAAUGGUCUGAUGGCUAGCGUGUUGGUCACCUCUGCCACUCCACAGGGCAGCAGCAGCUCAGACUCUCUGGAGGGCCAGAGCUGCGACUAUGCCAGCAAGAGCUAUGACGCUGUCGUCUUCGAUGUCUUGAAAGUGACUCCUGAGGAGUUUGCUAGCCAGAUCACACUAAUGGAUAUCCCCGUGUUUAAAGCCAUCCAGCCAGAGGAACUAGCCAGCUGUGGAUGGAGUAAGAAGGAGAAACACAGUCUCGCCCCCAAUGUCGUGGCCUUCACCCGGAGGUUUAACCAGGUCAGUUUUUGGGUUGUACGAGAAAUUCUAACAGCACAGACUUUAAAAAUAAGGGCAGAAAUCCUCAGCCAUUUUGUGAAAAUAGCCAAGAAACUUCUAGAACUCAACAACCUUCAUUCUCUCAUGUCUGUGGUAUCAGCAUUACAAAGUGCUCCCAUCUUCAGGCUGACAAAAACCUGGGCUCUUUUGAAUAGAAAAGACAAGACUACCUUUGAGAAAUUGGACUACCUGAUGUCUAAAGAAGAUAAUUACAAGCGGACACGGGAAUAUAUUCGAAGCCUGAAGAUGGUGCCCAGUAUUCCCUAUCUAGGGAUCUAUCUUCUGGAUUUAAUCUACAUCGAUUCUGCAUAUCCUGCCUCAGGCAGCAUCAUGGAAAAUGAACAAAGAUCUAAUCAGAUGAACAAUAUUCUCCGAAUAAUUGCUGAUUUACAAGUUUCCUGCAGCUAUGAUCACCUCACAACACUGCCCCACGUGCAGAAGUACCUGAAAUCAGUACGCUACAUUGAAGAGCUCCAGAAGUUUGUGGAAGAUGACAACUACAAACUGUCACUCAGAAUUGAACCAGGAAGCAGCUCUCCAAGACUAGUUUCAUCCAAGGAAGAUCUUGCAGGCCCCUCUACAGGCUCCAGCUCAGCGAGGUUCCGCCGGAGGCCCACCUGUCCUGACGCGUCUGUGGCCGGCAGCCUGCCCACGCCACCAGUCCCCAGACACAGGAAGAGCCACAGCCUGGGCAACAAUAUGAUGUGUCAGUUGAGUGUAGUUGAGAGUAAAAGUGCGACAUUCCCAUCGGAGAAAGCCAGGCACCUUCUGGAUGACAGUGUUCUAGAGUCCCGCAGCCCCCGCAAGGGCCUCACCCUCACCUCCUCCGCCAUCACCAAUGGACUCUCCCUAGGCAGUAGUGAGAGCUCAGAGUUUAGUGAAGAGAUGUCUUCAGGGCUGGAAAGCAGGGGACGUCUUUAUGCCACACUGGGGCCCAACUGGCGGGUUCCAGUUCGGAAUUCUCCCAGAACCCGGAGCUGUGUGUACAGCCCCACCAGCCCAUGCACCUGUACCCUGGGGAGCUCAGCAGCUGUGCCCACCAUGGAGGGGCCUCUGAGGAGGAAGACCCUGCUCAAGGAAGGACGGAAGCCCGCACUGUCCUCGUGGACCAGGUACUGGGUCAUACUCUCAGGAUCCACCCUCCUGUACUACGGAGCCAAGUCCUUGAGGGGCACAGACAGAAAACAUUAUAAAUCCACACCUGGAAAAAAGGUGUCCAUCGUGGGCUGGAUGGUACAACUGCCUGACGACCCUGAGCACCCCGACAUCUUCCAGCUGAAUAACCCUGACAAAGGCAAUGUUUACAAGUUUCAGACGGGCUCCCGAUUCCACGCAAUACUGUGGCACAAGCAUUUGGAUGACGCAUGUAAGAGCAACAGGCCUCAGGUACCUGCAAACCUUAUGUCAUUUGAAUAAGUCUCUGCAGGACUUGGCGUGACUGCAAAGGCUUCUGGGAGCCCAGACUGGGCCUGGUGGAAAAAGAUCAAUCCUGGGCACAGGCUGUGAGCCAGGGCACUGGGAGCCUCACAGCCAGACUCAGGGGACGCGUGCUUCGGCCUCACAGUCCCAGAGGGCUCCCUAAGUGCUGGAUCCACCUGUCAAUCCCCAGCAACUCUCAUGACUCUCAUCCCGCAGCACCACCUCACAGGGUGGUUGUUGGACCCAGACUGCACACCCGAGUCCCCUUUCUGGGCCCUUGUCGUCCACCAGCUGCUUCUGCAACAGAGCGCAUUUGGCCCAUGUUGGGUUCUCCUGCUUUCUGCUGACACAGUGGACAGCAUUAACCUGUGAAAGGGUCAGAGAGUGGGACAGGCUGCGGGACAGGCUCGUUACACCCCAAGUGCAUGGGGCUGCUCACCCACAGGGCUGCCUCAGAUUUUGUACAACCCCCCAAAGCGUCCUCUGCGUGUGUGCCGUACAUGUGUGCGUGCGAGUGAGUGUGAACUCUUCGAGAAACAUGCAUUUUGGCACAAGACUUGUGACAUCACACACUUCAUUCGCUUUGAGGGCCUGCUUUAACCUUCAGUCAUAGCCUUGUCCACAAAGAAAGAUCAGAGUGGGAGCCCCAGUGUCAAGGCUCCCUCACAUUCUCUCACUGUAAACAAACAAUGCCUUAAAUUGUGUCUUGCUUUCUGUUCCUAUGGGUGCUAUUCAUCUGGAAGGCCGGCUUCCUGGGCCCCAGGGCCCUUUCAGGCCUUGUUGCUGUCAACCCUUCCAAGCAGGAACCGGCUCAGGACGGUGGACUAGGCUGCUGGCCUGCUUGCUUCCUCCUGUAGCCUCUGCUAGCAGGGCCUGAGGCCCCUCUCACUCCCCUGCUCCUGCCAUGCCUGCAUGGGAAGUUGUGACGUGUUCUCCUGGUGUCCUCAGAAGCAGCUCGGAGGCCGCCAUGCUCACAGUGAUCGGCUGCCCAGAAGCCCUUUCACACCAACCUCCCCCACAGGGCAGGCUAUACUCGCUGCCAUCCCACCCCUUGGCCUCCACUGCCAGGGUGGGCCCACCAGGAUUCCUGACCAUGCUGGGAGCUGAGUGACACUGAGGCCUUAAGCUCCCCCAGUCUUGCCCCCAAAUGCAGUCACCAGCAAGUUCUCCAUCACCCAAGUCCAAGGGCACAACUGUGGAUGACCAUCUGAGAGCCCUGGGGAGCAAAUGGUCCAGCCUCUGCGUUUGGCUAAGAGUGCUUCCCAUGAACAACGGCCUUUAUCUGUCAUGCUCUGUCAUAAUUUAAAGUGAUUUUUAUUUUACACAAAUAUAUUUUUAUUCAAAAUUAAUUGUGUUUUAUCAUCAUAGCCUAUCUCCCUCUCUCUCUCUCUCUUCUUUAACCUGAAUAUCUGUAUCCUGAGAGGGAAACCCUGAAAUGGUUUUCUGAAAGAGACUGAAUUUCUGGGUCCAUUACUAUCAUUGUAUCAAAAUUCACUUCAACCAGGCAUCAAACUGCCCUGAGGAGUUUCCUGGCAAGAAGCUUCACAACAUCUUAACCAGUACACUGUAAUAGGUCAAAAUAACAUCCACCAACGGCCCCACCACUGUACUUUGAUCAAAUGGUGAUGACUCUGAAAAUCUGAAUGUGUCACUGAGGGAGUAUUGUCAUCAGGGUGAUACUUUGUGCUGGAGCCCGACUGCUCAGAAGUUCACCUGCCUUUGGAGCACAGACUGGAUAUUUUCAUGCCAAAAGGAACUCCAGAUGGUAAUGUUGGUGCCAUCAAAUCUUGGCUGCAGUCUUGCAUGUCCACCCAUACCCCAGGUCUGAGUGUGUGCACAUAGACUCUUCAAGUUGAUGUCUAGAGCCUGAGUGACAAGGCCAAAUGCUGCAGGCACCUCCCACCAGAGCCAUGCAGGGGUCUCGCUUUGACCUACAUCAGAUCUGAUCCUACCUGUUAACUUCUGAAAGGUCUUCAGCUGGGAUGAAAGUGCGAGAACGGAACACUGGCUGCAUAUUUUCCUGGUUUCCCCUCUUCACACUUCCCUGGCUUUUCACAUAUGAAAUACAGCAGAUGCCAAACCCCAGAAUUUCAGGCUCGACUAAAUCAAAUUGUUUUCUGUUCUUUACAGAUUCUUCUUCCCCUUCAUAGAUGUUUUCUUCUGAGCUAAUUUGAAAGAGCACAAUCACAAUUUUUUUCAAAGCAUUUAGUCUAUUCACUAGUUGAGAAUGAUCCCACAUCCCCUCCCAGAAUCAUUUCUCACCUUGGACUCUUGAAGAAUCAGUUUGGACUGAUUGGCAAAAGCCAAUCUUGUUGGUAACAGUCUUGUAGGACUGGUAAGAGCCCUGAACACACCAGAAGAGUCCUGUAGAUGUAGCGGAAAUAUACUUGAUUCUCCAACCAGGGAUUUAGGCCAAGCACGUGAGUUCAGUGCUGAUUGUCUUCCCAGUGCUAGCCUGUCCCACAAGCCAGGCACAGACCACACAGGGGGAAUCCUCGGGCGGAUUCUUACCCUAGAGGGAAGCGUUUCUGGUUUUUGCUCCUGUCUGACUGUCCAUAGUGCACAAAUACUUGUGAACCCACUGAAGGUCUUAUGUCUUGCAUGCAUAUACUGUAAAUUUUCUUAAGGCAAACAAAUUGUGGCCAAAAUGAAAGUCGUAGAAUGCAGUCUACAUACUGGAGUAGGCAGCUGGUAGCAUUACGAUGUCCCAAGAACAAUCCACGCAGCUCACCCUGCAUACUUUCCGACCCUCAGUUGAAUACAUUAUGUAUCUCAAGGUCAGCUGAGUUCAUUCUGGCAACUGGAAUGCUUUGUGGAGGUGGGUUUGGUCGAGAGCUGUAGAAACAUUGUUCUGAAUGUGCCCAGGGUGAACGCAGCACCCCCACGCCCUGAUGGUUCAGUAUCCUGUCAGAGGCGCUGAAUACUUGAAGGAAUCCUUGAGGAAAGAACCUGAUUGCCAACUGAUUUCUAAAGCAUUUCUUUUCCUUACCAAGAGAGCCAGUGUUUCUGCCUUUACCUUGCUCUCACUUCCUGAGCCCAGAAAGGUGUAUCUUUAAGGAUGCCAUAUUUCAGGUGGAAUAUGGUCUGUGAAAAUGGGGAGCCAUUUGCAAGCCAAACCUGUUUUAUUCCUGGGUGGGGUCCAGAGCGCUGCACCCACAUUGCUGACGCUCACCGUCACCAGGUGAACAUCACCAAAAACAGAAUCUUGCUGCUCUUCUGUGACUCCAUAAAUGACUUUAAUCAACCCUACAUCAUUAUUGAAAUAUUGGAUGGUUUCAUGUUUUAAAAACAAAAGCUGUUAGAGGCCCUUUGAAAUAAGUUUCUCUGCAUAAAAUCUCAAUUCAUUCAUUUAUUCAUUCAUUCAUCUCUCUAGUGAGUGUUUCCCACGUGCCAGGCUCUACCCAGGGUAGGAACGACUGAAAACGAGACAGAUCGGAUCUCCCUCAAUGGGACUGACCACUCCACGAACAAAUGAUCCCCAUCUCAUGCAUCUCCUUGGGGAAGACCCCACUUCUCCCCUAAUCCCGGGUAUAAACCCUGUGCACAGAUUCUUCCAGAAAGGCUUCAAAAGUCCCCACAGACUGAACAGCUGUACUCUGUGAGUUCCAUCACACUGAGGACUAGCUGGAGUCUGCACUAGAGGGCACUUGGCUCAGAACAACUAGGCACAGAGCUGUGGCUGAGUGUACAGAGGACUCCAAAGGCAGAAUGAGACAGUAAGGUCAGAACGUCUACAAGAGCUUAUGUGAUGGGCUUUCAUCUUUAACUUCAGUGUUAAAUUCAAGUACAGUAUGAGCAAGAGCUGUAUUUUCCUGGCCGUGGAGACCUUGUAUCAUGGAUGUUGGUCCACCUCAUAGCCCUCUGUUGAACAAGUGUGUUUACUCCACAGGCAGCCCCGAAAUCCCCUUACAGCAGUGCAGAAGAUACAUCGGUUCAUUUUGUAACCACCAGUCUCUAUCCAUUUCUGAAUGACUGUGACCAUUCAAUAACAAAAUGAUAGAAAUUAAUUUAUUAGUAUAGUGUAAUCUUUAAUAAAUUUCGUGCCAAAAUGCAUGGUUUUCCACUUAGCAUUCAAAAUGUCGCAUAGAAAGUAGUUUUCAAUUUCUUAUGUAUUCUUCUAAGUGGGUUGAAAAUCAGUUUCUACAUUUUAGUUCAUUUCUGGUUAAAUCCGUUGCAUUCUCCCAGGCUGUCUUUUUUUCUAGCAGAUUCCUGCAUGCAGUUGUGUAAAGACUUUCUCUAAUACUUGUGAAUUGUCUCAUCUGCAAUAACCACUGAACAUCAGCCCUCUAUGGGAUUCUUUAGAUUUUUGGUGAAGUAUUUUGUUACCUCAGUCUUGUAUCAAGUUGCUGUAUUUUUCAGCUUGUUACACUGAUAAUAAUUGUUUCACUAAUUAAAUACUUUAAUGUACAGA